AUGUCACGCUGUAAGUGUGGACUUAGGCUCAAGGAACAUGAAAAGAAUAGGGUGAAAGGCCCUCAUCAAGGUGGAUGGCAACAAAUGAAAGAGAUCAAAGAAGCAGUUCAGACCUAUUGGUGGGCCCCCACAUUUUUUCUGCUUCUGAUGGAGGCAGCAAAGAAAGUUCAUUGGGUGGGCCCAACCAAGAUUGUGCAACAGGCACAAUGUAUAUUGCCUUUGCUAUUCAAGAGACUCACAUCUCAAGUGAUCAGAAGGCAUAUUGUGAAAGGAAGUGGGUGGAAUGAUGAUGCCUUGAGGAAGGCUCCACAACGAGACUCUCCUGGAGGGAAAACAAUGUGGCAAGGGGUUUUGGUUCUUCCCCCAGGAUGGUUAUCCCGAAAUAACCACUGA